AUGAGCAGGGGGCCGGGAGGCUGGGGGCCAGGCGGUGAGCUACCCGGCCUGCGCAAGUGCUUCAAGCGGAAGGCACCAGACAGCGCGGCCAGCCUGGCCGAUGACAUCGACGCGCCGUCCGUGAUGGAGGCCUGUCACCUGAUAUCCGUCCUGCACAAGGCGAAGGAGCAGCCAGGGAAGGGCGUGGACGGCUGCGCCGUGCGGCGGGCGACGCACGGCCUCGCGGAGCUGUGCAAGUCAGAGGUGAAUGUGGAGACAGUAGUAUCAGAGGGCGGGAUCGAGGCACUUGUUCCUUACCUGGUGUUGGUGCCAGAGACGUUAGAUAGACCAGAUGAGUUGUGGACUGGCUGGAGUGCCGAUGAAGCUGCAAAGGAAGCCUGCUUCAUACUCGGCCUCCUUGCUACAAAGACAGAGUUCCAACAGCGGAUCGCCGACUCUGGCACGUUAGCAGAACUCAUCGCAUUGCUCAAGCUCCACCAAUCGUCUCCUCCCCCUGGCUCACUACACAAUCCCAUCAAGAGUGCCGGAGUAGCACGCAGGGCCGCAGAUGCCAUAACAAAUCUGGCUCACGAGAAUGUGUAUGUGAAGAAUCUUGUACGGCAGAUGGGAGGAAUUCCCCCCUUGGUCGCCCUGCUAGAGUCUUGGGACGUGAAAGUGCAACGUGCAGCAGCAGGAGCUCUGCGAACACUGGCUUUCAAGACUGAGGAGAACAAGGCGCAGAUCGUUCAGCACGGUGCUCUGGAACUGUUGAUAAGGAUGCUCACCUCUGAGGAAGCUGGGGUGCAUUAUGAGGCUGUUGGUGUGAUUGGGAACUUGGUGCACUCAUCAGGGCACAUAAAGCGGCAGGUGCUUCAGGCUGGUGCCCUGCAACCUGUGAUUGGGCUCUUGAGUUCCCCAUGCAAUGAGAGCCAGAGAGAGGCGGCGCUGCUGCUUGGCCAGUUUGCAACCGCCGACCCUGACUACAAGGUCAAGAUCGUGCAAAGGGGGGCUGUCCCCCCACUCAUAAACAUGCUCAGCUCAAACGAUACACAGUUAAGGGAGAUGGCCGCCUUUGCACUGGGUCGGUUGGCGCAAAAUGCAGACAACCAAGCCGGGAUACUGCACUCCUGUGGCCUUAAGCCACUGCUAGAACUGUUGGAGUCUCGGAACUCAAGCCUGCAGCACAAUGCGGCAUUUGCGCUGUACGGAUUGGCGGACAACGAGGACAACAUAUGUGAGAUCAUCAAGGAGGGGGGGUACAGUCGACUCAUAAAUGCUGAUCUGAUUGUCCAGGCAUCGAAGGAUUGUGUGCAGAAGACCAUGAAGCGACUGGAGGAAAAAUUACAUGGCCGCGUCCUUGGUCAGCUCCUGUACCAGAUGCGUUCACCCUUGCCCCUCAUUCAACAGCGCAUUGCCUCCUCCCUUGCCCGCCUGGCGCCAUCAAACUACUUCAAGCUGAUCUUCCUUGAGCACAAGGGGCUGGACAUCCUGCUGGACAUGCUGAUACAGGGCCAGGAGGGCACCCAUGUGUCCAGUGAAGCAGCAUCGUCCCUGUUCGAGCUGGCAACCAAGAUCAGGAACACUGCGCCCAUGGAUGCCACACCAGAUCAGCCAGCCAAGUCCGUGUAUCUUGGAGAACAAUACGUCAACAACCCCACUCUGGCCGAUGUGACGUUUAUCGUGGAGGGAAGGAAGUUCUAUGCCCAUCGAAUCGCGCUCCUCGCGUCGUCAGACGCCUUCCGGGCGAUGUUCAACAGCGGUUACAAGGAAAAGGAGGCCCGCCACAUCGAGAUACCCAAUAUCGGCUGGCCUGUCUUCGAGGCCAUGAUGCAGUACACAUACACAGGCCAGGUUGAAGUCCCUGAGGACAUAGCCCAGGAGCUGCUGCGGGCUGCGGACCAAUACUUGCUGGAGGGCCUGAAGCGUCUCUGCGAGGAGGCCAUAUCCGACUCGAUCAACGUCGAGAACCUGGAGCGCAUAUACACCCUCUCGGAGGCAUACUCAGCGCCGCAGCUGGGCAUCCGGUGCGUGCUAUUUGCGCUGGAGCACUGCGACCAGGUGGUGGCCCACGUGGGGCAGGCAGAAUACUUGGUGCUGAUGGGUAGGAUGGUGCCUCAGCUGAAGUCCUCGCUGACAGACCAGCUGCUGGCCAGCGAGGAGGAGGCCCAGAUGGCCGAGACGCCGGACCAGUAG